AUGACAGGAAAAAACACAUCGGAGACUGGAAAUAAGCGGAAGCGAGGAGAGAAUAGACGCGCUUCCUUGGCUUGUGAAACAUGCCGAAAACAGAAGGAGAAAUGCGAAGGCGGACCACCCUGUUGGAGAUGUCAGCGGCUAGGUCGACCAUGCCACUUUCAGGGCCAACCUCUUCUGAGAGCUGCGACCCCUCUUGACUCUGCUCCCAGCUCGGCCCCCACCGCGUGCCUUUCCGGAGACAAGAAACGGGCCGAGAGCCUGGAAUAUAUUGCGCAUCAUUUCCUUGGAAAUGUAUCUCUGGACGAAGAGAGCCUGGCACAGAUCGUCACCAGAUUGCAAAGUUCGACGGCACACAGUGCUCGAAUGGAAGGUGCAUUGGACAUCAACGAGUCAUUCGACGUGCAACUCGUGUCAAGAGACAUCGCCCACUACUCAGGGGAGUUCUCUCAUUGGAAUUUUUCUCAAAAGCUCCGUCGCAAGAUGAGCGGACAAAUCGGUCAGCUUGAUGCACAGGUAAAGGAGUACUGGCGACCAACUCAGCUUCAGUCAUCACCACAAACUCUGGUCGAGUCGAUGAGACAAUUGCCCCCGAAAGCAAUUGCCGACUUUCUCAUCGACGUGUUCUUCAAAUAUGUUGAGAUUAAUUCGUUCUAUAUGGAACGCAGCUGGAUUGAGGAGAAGAUGGAAAUAUGUUAUGACUCAAACACGAUAUACAGAUCCAGUGAUUUUCCUUGGGUGUGCUCAGUCUUUGCUGUUCUGGCCAUUGGUAUUCAAGUGGCCCACAUGGAAGACGAAGUACCCAAAUCUAACACAGAUACAACCGACGAGCUUCGGCUAUGCUCCGAGGAUUCAGUCGGUUUAGUAUUUUACCAUGUGGCUUGCAGAUUGGUACCGGAUGUUCUCUUGGUCGCAUCGCAUGAAAGUGUACAGGCAUUUUUGUUGCUUGCGACAUACUCACUCCCUGUUUCCACUGGUGGACUUGCCUAUACUUAUUAUGGACUCGCAAUGAAGAUGGCUAUCCAAAAUGGUAUGCAUCGCCAAUAUCCCGGCGGGGACUGCGAUUGGAAGACAAUUGAGACAAGGAACCGCCUCUUUUGGACAGUAUAUUCUGUUGAGAAAUAUAUCAGCAUAAUGCAUGGACGGCCCAUCUCAAUCGCAAAAUCGGAAAUUAACGCAGAUAUGCCAACGAAUUCCCCCGCCUUUACAUCGCCAGGAUUCUCCAAUUUGAUGGCGUUCCACACCUUAAUAUCAUAUCUAGGAGAGAUUUCAGAGACACUGUGA